UACGCUCACAGAGACCGCGGGAAAAUGUCGUUAUUUCCUGUUUUGGGGAAGGUCCUGGUGGCUUGGCGCGUCUCUUUGCUAGUUUGGUGAAAGGGAACAACCUAGAUAGUGAGUUGGAUAAUUGUUCAGAACGACCGACCUAACCAUACACGUUUUUCCUAAUGAAGCUACUUUGGGAAGGUUGUUUUUGAGUGCUGAGUAAGAUGGAGCAAGGCUUUUUGGACCAUAUGUAUGGGGAUCUUGGCUCUGGACAUUUGGAAUCUCCUGUGGCCCACGAUGAUGAUUCGGUGGAUAUUUACUCUGGCCUGGACAACAGUCCCAGGAUCAGCCAAACUGCAGAGAAAUCUUGCACACCCUUCUCACCUAGAAGACUAAAAGAUUCUAUGGAUUUAUAUGAAGAAAUAAUCAAAGAGGAGCAGCAGGAAAAAGAAGCUACUUGCAAUGAGCUUAAGACCAAAUUGGAUGCAGCACAAAACCAUGUGAAAGAAUUGCUGCAAAAGCUAGAGCAAAUUCAACUGCAGAACACAAGUUUGCAGACACAAAAUAUGUGUCUCAAGAAGAACAUAUGUGCUCUCUUUAAAACUGCCCGGAUGGAGAUUUUGCGGAAGGAUGACGAGAUAAGCAGGCUUACUCAAAGAGGUGGAAGGGGUGGAUAUUGUCCAUCUUUCACUCGAUCACAGAAUAAUUUCCAGAGGAACCAAGAUUCCAGCCAGAAUUCUGCGCCAACCCAUAAUCCAGCUGCACGGCCCGAAAAUCAACGCUCAAGGGUGAACGGUGUUCCAAAGGGACUUCCUAAACCUCACACAGAGGCCAGAAGUGUCAGCUUGCACCCUGAACCCCUGGUUACUUCUCUUGUGACAACUGCCUCUUCUGAAAAUUCAAGAUCCACAAGAACUGACUCUGGGGUUCCUGAUAGUCUCAGUGAUUCAGAUAUUACCAGUAGCGACAGAGAUCCUAAUAUUCUACAAACUCCCAAACAAAAGGGUCUGAUCCAGCAAACUUGCAAAUCAUAUCUGGAGAAUAAUGACAAACCUAAAGGUUUUAGAAUGCAAACUGUCAAUUCCCUGGACAAAAGCAGAAAGUCCCAGCGUUCUGAGGUAGGGGACCACCAAGACCAUCGUGGUGCCUUGGAUGCCAGCAAAGAAAAGAAAUUGAACAGUAGGGAGAAGUCUGGCAAAGAAAGCAAGCAGUCUGAAAAGGAUUGCAUGAACUCCAGCCGAGCCAGACACCAGGCCUCGUACUCAGAGCUUCACAGGAAUUUGGAGAGGGGCAAAAGCCCUCCACAUCAGAGGAACCAUAGUCCAACAACAGGCGGUUCAUACCGCACAGCCUCCAGUUCUCACUCACAAAAAAUGAGGUCCAGAGACAUAGAGCCACCUGCUAAGGGCAUCAGUCGAGAGAGCAGGUCCGGAGAAGUGGAGCCAUCAGCCAGGAGCAGCAGUCGAGAGAGCAGGUCCGGAGAAGUGGAGCCAUCAGCCAAGAGCAGCAGACGAGAGAGCAGGUCCAGAGACAUGGAGCCACCAGCCAAGAUCAGCAGUCACAAGAGCAGGCACAGUCAUAGCCGGGACAGGGGUGAACAAAAUGCCCUUAUGUCCUUUGGCAGAGAAGGAAAGCACUCCAUCUCUGACCAGGGCAGGCUCACAAACAAGUCAAGUGCUUCCAGCCACAAGGGGUCAGGAAGUCCCAUGAGAGAACAUUGCAGAAAAGAGGAGAGGAGUCGAGAGGAGCGGAAUUGUAACAGAGAAAGAAAAGGCUAUGUAACAGAUAAGAACACGGAUUGUGAGAGAAAUAAAGGAAAAGACACCGAUAAAAGGCUGAGGGACAGUAACAGAAAAGUUGAGGAGAUAAAGGACAAAGUAUUACAGAGCAAUGUCUGUUCAAAGAAUGGCACGCAAACCACUCCUAACACUUUAACUACUUCCGCUGACUGCAGUGACCUGGUCAAAAAAGGUCAGGAGGCCAGAAAAGGUCAGGCCCAACACCUUGCACUAGUCCUGGCUAAGGUGCCAGUGAAUAAUGGUGUGGAACCAGAAUCUUCAGUAGGGCAUGAAGCAGGUGAUAAAAUCCUCCCUGAAGAAGGCAAUCGAAAUAGAAAGUUAAGUUUCAUGGAAACACUCAAUCUUACUUUGUCCCCAGUUAAAAAAUCAAGGCUGUCCUCAGAAUGCAAGGAACAAGAAAGUGGCCAGUAUGAAGAUAUUCCGGAAGGUCCACAUGAGGAGACCAGCCAGUUUCAUUUAGAAGAGGAAUUUUGUGUGAUCGAUGAGUUGGACAGUAAUGAAAUUUCUAAAGAAAUGGACGAGGUUUUUGAAGCACCAGCAGCAAACAGUUCUGAAAUCUGUGAGGCAGAAAAAGGUCAAGGGCCACUCCCAGGACUAGAGCUUAACAAUGUUGAAAAGGAAAAUGAACGGGGCAAGGAGGAAGGUCUAAUUAAGACACACAUUUCUAGCAUGAAGACAAAAUGCGAUUCAGAAAGCAUUGUAGAUGAAAAUACAGUCCUUCAAAGUGCUGACCGUAAAUUGCCAACUGCCUCUGUAGAUCAGCGCUCCAAACUUACCGCAUCACAGGAGCCCAUUGACAGCCAGGGGUCUGGCUCUACAUCAGAAAUGGUUGAUGGUGAUGUAAUGACAGCUCUGCUGACAGAGUCUCUAAAUUGUGCUACAGAAGGCCUUACUGGGGCUUCUGUGGUUCACACGGUACAAAUGACAGAUGACAUCCACAUGUGCAGCUCGAACAGUGAAGGGAGAACCUCUUUGGAGUGUGAAUCCCCGUCAGUUAAAUCUGUAGAGUCUGUGGCCCAUGAUCCAGCUAUUGUCUGUGUGGCAAAUUGUUCUCCUGACAGUGGCAACAAUGCCCAAUUGGAGUGCCAGAAGAUUCGGCUUGCUGUCCUGCCCGAGUCCAUUAGCCAAGAUGCAGCCACCUCUGUUCCUGUCAAUACGCAUCCUAGGGGUGACCGAACUGGUGAAGAAGCUUGUGAUGUGUCCACAGAUGCUGUGUCUAGCACUGUUAGUAUAGAGGUGGUUUCUCAGAGUACCGACAGUGUUGUCCCUAGUAUUGUGGAAACAGUAGUGAUUUCCAGCACAGAGGCCGAAAAAUAUAUUGAAAAAUCUGUGACAAACCGGAACCUGACAACACCACAAAGCGCUGAGAUGCCCAAGGUGAGCAGUACGUUCAGGGACGAGACUGUGCAGUCUGAGCAGGGCCGCAGUGGGUCUCUUCAGGUUGCCCCGGAUUGCUGCAUUUCAGAGCCAGAUUCCACUGAAGAUGAAGAAUGGAACAACAGGACAGAGCCUUCAAGUUCGGUUCCACUUGCCCAUGACGAGGACUCGAUGAUGCUGACCCUGAAGAACAUCCAGCUCAUUCCAGAAGCCAUCAGCCCUCUCACUAGCCCCAUCCGACCGGUGAAGAAGAACCUGCCUCACUGUUCUGGGAAUGCCCAACAUGUCAGAAGUCUGAGCAAAGAAGACUUUUCAUCAUUAACUGGAGUGAGGAGAAUGGAUGUGAAUAAGGAGAACGAGAAACCUCACUGCAGCUCUACACAAUUCCCGCCCGCGGACUCUAAUCAGACGCUGCCCUCACCUUCUUCCCGUUCCGAAGAUGAUAACGAACUGGAGGAGGGAGAAAUCGUGAGUGACAGUGAGGAGGAGGAGCCCCCAGUGAUUCCCAGUCCUCAGCUUCGAAAAACCCAGACUGUGACUGCCAGUAAAAUGCAGCCCAGCCCAAAGUCUCCAAGACUUGCCAAGAAACAAGCCCAGAAGGCUGCAGCGAUUUCACAAGGCCAUUCUGGAAUGAAAAACAAAACGACUUCCACACCUAAUAACAGCCCCAGUUCAAAUAAGAAGCACAAAACUGUUCUGCCUCUUUUGCCCAAAACCGAUCCUUCCUCCAUAUCUGAUGUAAUGGAUAUGUUAAAGUUGAUUCAGACCCAUUUGAGAAAAAAGUACAUGAAAUUUCAUAAGAAUCUUCCAAAGAAGUUAUUCUCCAGCAUUAUUGACAUGUCUCUCUGUUCUUUUACAGACUUUGUGAAUAAUGUUAGCUUCAGCAAAUUUUGCAGCCUAGAAAGCAUUCUGAAACCCAAACUUAAUCGCAUAAUUUCUGUCACUAUGAGUAAGAUCUCAAAUAAUGGCAUUGUCAAUCGCAUUUUUGAACAGCAGUCACCUAGCCUGAAGAAGAAGCUAUGGACUUUUGUUGAAGAACAGUUUGAAUUUUUGUUCAGGGAAAUCCAGACAGCAUUGACAAGUCUGUGUAAUCCAGCAGAAGUAAGGCAUUUUUCUAAGACCGAGAACAAAGUAGAGAGAAAUAAAGAAAAAAAGGUUUCCAAGGUGGCAGCUAAACCUCCUGUGACUACGGUGCCAACGCUAAAGAAGAAGGCUGCUGAGGUUGAUUUGGUGGAUGUGUCAGGGGUGCAGAACAAAGUCAAGCCUCCCACUAUCACACCACACAGGACUGGCUUGGGCAGUAGGGGAAAAAACCUUAAAAUGAACAGGGAGGAAGAUGACCAGCCAUCAGAAGCACAUGAUUUGCCAUCUUCUCACUCUCCAUCUAAGACUGCUCUCUCCCAUUCUAAGAAUUCCUCCUCAGGAGAGAAAUCGGCUACCUUUGUUCGCCGGCUGUCCCACAGCUCAGUCCAGGAUAAAUCAGACUUUGAAAUCCUCACUGAACAGCAGGCAUCUAGCUUGACUUUUAACUUAGUCACAGACUCUCAGAUGGGGGAGAUCUUCAAGUGCCUAUUACAGGGGUCGGACCUGCUGGAGAACAGCGUGUCUAUUGGGGAUGCUCACUGCUGGCCCGUGGGCACUCCUCGGAAGGAUACUAGUGGUGGAGAGAGUUCGUUAGUGGUGAUGACCCCGAACAAGACCACCUUGACCCCCUCAAAAGUAAUUGCAACGUGGUCCACAAUCUCGCCGUGCAAACUGUCUUCUCCAAACCCUAAAAUGCACAUUCCUCUGAACCCAGCAAUCCUGGAUGAGAGCUGCUUGUUGGAAGUUCCCUCCAGCAGCCUGCCCUUCUGUAAAGAGACGCCGUCGUCCACAGUGCCUUCGCAGAGGUCCUACUCCGUUUUAGCGGAGGAUCUGGCGGUCUCCCUCACCAUCCCCUCUCCUCUGAAGUCCGACGGCCACCUGAGCUUCCUGCACCCCGAGGGCACAGAGCCCACGUCUGCCCCAGAGAGCGUCAUCAGCGCUCAUUACAGCGAAGACGCUCUGAUGGACGGUGAAGAUGCCACGGAGCAGGACAUCCACCUGGCCCUGGACUCCGACAACUCCAGCGCAGGUUCGAGCGGCUGCAGGAAUUGGGAGGAUGCGGCGGCGGUGGCAGUGCCCACCUUUCAGUUCAAGCCACACUUACCCAUGCAGGCGGUGGUCAUGGAAAAGUCCAACGACCACUUCAUUGUCAGGAUCAGGCACACGUCCACCAGCAUCGCUACCAGCCCAGACCAGAAUGCCACGUCUUCUGAAAAAGAAUCCCAAAAGGUGGUGGGAGCCAGAGUGGAAUCAAUGGGUUCUGCACACUCCAUCCCUGACACUUCCCCCAACGGAAUUGUCCCUGGGCAAUCUCAGAGGCCAGCUUCCUGUGAGAACCCUGAACUCCACCUUCAAUGUGAAGUACCCUUGAAAAAUUCACUUUCAGGAAGCAGUCCACCAGGGAAAACUGUGAAUUGCCCUGACGUGAAUGCUGCACAUUCUCAUGAAGAGCCAGUGGAGCCUCCUCCUACAAACAGUGAGAUUGCAGAAUCUGCAUCACCCUCUGAACUUGUAAUCAUGGCCGAGGAAGGUGGUGCUUCAAAGAAGUCCUGCGUGAUCAGGUUAAAACGGAAGAAGCACCACUCUCAACCGAGGGCGAAGAGAGUCAAAAUGGAGCAUACCCAAGAGAAGGCGCACAAGCAGAGAAAGAAAAACUCAUCCAGUGGUUCUAAAAACAAAGGGAUUGGGACACCCAGGAAGAAGAGGAAUAAAACAAAGUCUCCUCCGCUGUCACCCAAUAGCUUGUCUGCCAAGAAUGUUAUCAGAAAAAAGGGUGAGGUGGUGGUGACAUGGACCAGGGAUGAAGACCGGGAUAUUCUUAUUGAACUGAAGAAGAAAGGUGCUUCUCCGGACACAUUUACUGCUCUUUCAGCCAAGAUGAACAAACCCCCAGCUCUGAUUGCUGAGAGAUUUUUCCAGCUGAUGAAACUUUUCAAGAAGAAGGAGAAGAUGGAUAGCUGAGCCUUCGGGAGAAAUGCAGUGAUCCCACUUGGAUGAAGCGUCUGGAUGCCAUAGCAUCAUCAGCCUUGCACCGAUAAUGCUGAUGUGGAAGAGGCCAUUUGGAGUGUAUGUGAGCUGACUGAGGAAGACAAGCUGGUGCAUCUAGGGAGGCUGUAUUUUUCUGUUGUUUGAGGAUACCUCAAGCCAAGGCAAUUAAACGCUGGACCCCAACAGGGUAUGCACUUGAGGCCUUUGGGAGUGGCAAAGAUGAUGACCGUGAUUACAUUUUGCAGAAACUUUCUGAAAAGAAAGUGUCUGGUACUGGUGGAAUCUGGGUCUACUGGUGUGUGUACCACCAGCAGUGGAAAGAAUAACAAGAGUUGGUACGACAUGGACACAUUUUAAAAAUCUGCAGUUUUACCUUUUUUACAGCUUUAUUUACUUGAAUUUCUCACACCUUAUCCACAAAGUAAAGUUUAAAGGCAUGUACAUCACAUGUCUGUUAAUGUAUCACCUGUGGUUGUGCUCUCUGAUGGAUUCAGUUCUGUAUUUAAGAGGAGGGCAGUUUCUUAAAUGGUUUGGUGUGCACAAGAUUUAGCAGAGUAUUCACAAAAAGCAGAUUUACAGAUUUGCAACUGAUUGCCGCUGUUGCGUGCUGUAAUGCAGAUGGUCCUGGUAGCAUACUAAAAUUGUCAUGGGAUCAAGACAGAAAUCAAUAAAAAAGUCUGUUUUUUUAACACAAUUUUUCUAUGCACUGGAAUUAUCCAUUGAGGUUUUGGGGGAAUAUCUACCUCGUUUUGAUUUUAAAAUUUUUUUGUUACCUCAUUUUGGAAUUUGGAAUUUUUGCUUUUCAUUAGGCUAAUUUGUGACAUCCUUUCAAGUUGAUAAUGAAACAUUUACUUUGUGCAUAAACAAGGCAUCAGUCAGACUUUGGUUUUCACAUAAAAAUGCUUGAUGAUGCCCUGAUUUGAGGCUGUUUGCACUCAACUUGUGAAGGAAGAAUGUGGUGUCCUGAUCUUCCCGGCAAUACAUUAAACUUGUUUUAAAACUUGAAAAUAUAAAUGUGAACUUGGCAUUUAAAAGGACACCAAGCCCCAUUGCAGUCAGUUCUUUGACAGUAUACCCUUUGAUCAGUUUUUCCUCUGCUCGGUACACAGUGUGGGGGAACAAAUGUAUUUCAAUCCAUUGCUCUCUGUGAUUGGUCAGAAAAUUUUUUAAGUAACACUUCUGGUGACUUUUUCUGUCAGUCAUACAUAUUCCAUUUGACACCAUCUGCCAGCUAAUAAAUAAGGACUUUGACCAUUUAGCUUGUAUUAUUUGGAUGGAUAAGUAAGUAAAUUUACAGGACGGAGGAUUUUUGCCUUUUUUAUUUUUGGAACUUGAAAGGAUGAAUGACAGGUGGCCAUUUGGUCCUUUAGUAAUAUUAUUUCUAUGUCAAUCAAACUUGUGAAUAUUGUACAUUUCACAUCAUUUUUAAAAUAAAAACUAACUUAUCCUUAAGAAUGUGGUAUAUUUAUUUGGUGAGUGUAAACCAAACUUUUGUCAAGCCAAUAAAUGCCAUUUU